AUGCUGCUCUUCUCGGCGCUCUACCUCACCAUCAUGGUCAUCUUCAUCAAGCCGGCCGAGGGGUACACGCUCUUCGGCUACACGUUCCCCGCCUGGUUCGACCCGCGGAUCGCCAUCGGAGUCUACCCGAUUCUCUCGCUCAUGAUCCUGACGGGCCCGCUCUUCGGCUUGUUGAUGGGCCUCUGGGGAGAGCUCUCCGAGGGCUUCAAGGAGUUCACGAGCCAGCUGCGCGAGGACACGGAGGUUGUGCGUGAGGCCGCCAAGCAGGAGGUCGAGAAGGUGCGCGGCGCAGCCGAGGCGGCCGACCUCGCAAAGGCGCGGCAGGCGCUCGCCUCCAAGGCGUCGGGUCUGGGGCAGCACCUCGAGCCGGCGCGGCUGCUCGAGCUGGGCGCCGUCGUCUUCAAGGACCUCGAGGGCGCCAUCACGCAGGCCGACGUGGCGCGCGAGCGCGCGAUCGCCACCAACCACGCCAACUGGACCCGCCCGGUCGCCGACGCGGCCGGCUUUGCCGCCUUUUGCGACGGCUUCGAGCUGCUCGCGCACACGGAGAGGAUAGAGGCGCUGCUGCGCGAGCAGCCGCCGCUGCGGGCGACGCACCAGGCCCUGGUCCCGGCGGUCCUCUCCUACCGUGUGUUUUGGGAGCGGUACUUUUACGAGGUGGAGCUGCUGCAGCGCCAGGACGACUUCUCGCUCGCCUCGUCCGCGUCGCUCAUCGACCCCCCAUCCGAGGACGCGUGGGAGGAGGCGUCAACCGUCUCGUGCGGCGCCGAGGAGUGCGCCGAGCCGCCGCCGCUCCACUCCGCCUGCUCGCUCACGCUGCAGCCGCCUCCGGGCGAGGAGGAGGAGGACUGCGCAGCUGACAGGCGGCAGCGUGGUGGACUCCGCGCCGCCUGA